AUGAUUGGAAUAAGAAGAUCAAUUAAACCACUUCCAACAAUAUCCAAGUCACUCCUCACAAAACCAUGUAUUCAUCCUAUACUAAUACGAUCAUAUGCAACCACACCAACAGAUAAUGAAACACCAGAACCUAAAAAGAAAAAAAAACAAUUAAACAUAGCACAAGUUCCCAUUUCAUAUAUUGGAGUAAUGUCAGAUUUAUACGUAUCUCCCAAAUUAACAAAAUAUUCACCAUUAAAAUGGCCCAAACUUGUAUUACGUAGAAUUAUGGUAUUUGCAUUUAAUACAUAUAAUGUUAUAAAAUUCAAAAGAGAAAUUGGUCAACCUUUAAAUUUUAAUAAAUGGAAAGAUCAAAGUAUUGAAAAUUAUAUCAAGACAAAUAAAAUAUUUGCACAAUCAUGUAAUAAAGCUUCAUCAUUAUCAAAUAAUAAGUCAAAGGAGUUGUCAAAAUUUGUAAAUUUAAAAUUAGAUCAAUGUUGUGGUAAACAUCUUAUUGAAGUAUUGAUUAAAAGAUCAGAAAAUUUUAAUUAUCCAAAUGGGAAAAUCAAUUGGGAAUUAAAAAGUAUUGAUUCAAACCCUAAAAUCACUAUGUUUAACGUUAUACCAGAUCAAGAUGGAAUUGGUUGUUAUGUACAAUAUAUAAUGAAUUUAAGAACAACUCAAGUUGUAACAAUUACAAAUAAAUCUACAAAUGAAAUCAUACAAGAAAAUGAAACUAAAGUUGAUGAUUAUUUAGUAUAUACAAUGAAUCCAUUCAAUGAUAAAAUUUUGUUAGUUGGUAAAUUAUUUGAAAGUAAUUCAGAAAGAGGUUUAAAACCUGAUUUAGACGUUUUUAAUCCUUCUGAAAUGCAAAAAUUUGUAUUAAAAGCAGCUGAUAUUUAUCGUGAAGAUCCAAAUAAUUUAAAAAUUAACAAAACUGAUUAA